GUCCUGCCACCUCCGAGCCACUGCACUGCCGAUGCUGGCUGUAGACACAGGCCGCACCAUGAAGCUGCACCUCCUACCCUGGACCCUGCUGCUGCUGGCAACAGCCCCUGGCCCAGGCCCUGGGCCCACAGCAGGUGCCCAGGAGAGCUGCUCCAUGCGCUGUGGGAACCAGGAUGGGCCGUGCUCCUGCCACCCGACCUGCUCUGGCCUUGGCACCUGCUGCGUGGACUUCCAGAACUUCUGCCUGCAGAUCUCGCCUUACUCGGGCUCCAUGAUGGGCGGCAAGGACUUCGUGGUGCAGCACCUCAGGUGGUUAAGUACCACUGAUGGCGUGAUCUGCAGGUUUAAGGAGAGCAUCCAGACCCUCGGCCACGUGGACUACUCUGGGCAAGUGCAUUGCGUGUCACCCCUGCUCUACGAGAGUGGCCGUAUCCCCUUCACCAUCUCACUGGACAACGGCCGCUCCUUCCCUUACGCGGGCACUUGGCUGGCUGUGCACCCCAACAAAGUGUCAGAGAUGGAGAAGAGCCAGUUGGUGAAUGAGACCCGCUGGCAGUACUAUGGCACCUCCGACACUGUGGGCAAUCUCAGCCUGACCUGGAACACCUCGGUGCUGCCCACGCAGGCUGUCACCAUCGAGCUGUGGGGCUACGAGGAGAUAGGGAGGCCAUACUCAGAGAACUGGACAGCAAAGUGGUCAUACCUGUACCCCCUGGCCACAAACGUCCCCAACUCCGGCUUUUUCACCUUCACUCCAAAUCCUGCACCCCUCAACUACCAGAAAUGGAGAGUGGGUGCACUGCGGGUCAUUGACAGCAAAAACUACGCAGGGGAAAAGGAUGUGCAGGCGCUCUGGACCAACGACCAUGCGCUGGCUUGGCACCUGGGGGAUGACUUCCGGGCAGACCCCGUGGGCUGGGCCCGCACUCAGUGCCUGGCCUGGGAAGAGCUGGAGGACCAGCUGCCCGACUUCCUGGAGGAGCUGCCUGACUGCCCCUGCACCCUGGCCCAGGCCCGGGCUGACUCUGGCCGCUUCCAUACGGACUACGGCUGUGACAUGGAGCAGGGCAGUGUGUGCACCUAUCACCCGGGGGCCGUGCACUGUGUGCGUUCCGUGCAGGCCAGCCCCCGGUACGCCUCAGGCCAGCAGUGCUGCUACACGGCAGAUGGCACGCAGAUCCUGACGGCUGACUCAACCAGUGGCAGCACCCCUGACCGUGGCCAUGACUGGGGUGCACCCCCGUUCCGCACGCCACCCCGUGUGCCCGGCAUGUCCCACUGGCUCUACGACGUCAUCAGCUUCUAUUACUGCUGCCUCUGGGCGCCCGAGUGCUCCCGCUACAUGCAGCGGCGGCGCUCCAGCGACUGCCGCAACUACCAGCCCCCACGCCUAGCCUCCGCCUUUGGCGAUCCGCACUUUGUCACCUUCGAUGGCACCAACUUCACGUUCAACGGGCGCGGAGAGUAUGUGCUGCUGGAGGCAGCACUGAGCGACCUGAGGGUGCAUGUGCGGGCCCAGCCCGGGACAACGUCGAGCGGCACGCAGACCCUAGGCACAGGGCUGACCGCGGUGGCCGUCCAGGAGGGCAACUCAGACGUGGUGGAGGUCCGGCUGGCCGACAGGGCGGGGGUCCUGCAGGUGCUGCUGAAUCAGGAGGUGCUCACCUUCACUGAGCAGAGUUGGAUGGACCUGAAGGGCAUGUUCCUGUCGGUGGGUGCUGGGAACAGGGUAUCAGUCAUGCUGGCUUCAGGAGCUGGCCUGGAGGUCAGCAUACAGGGCCCAUUCCUAAGUGUGGCCGUCCUGCUGCCUGAGAAGUUUCUUACCCACACCCACGGCCUCCUCGGGACACUCAAUGACAACCCCACCGACGAUUUCACCCUGCGCAGCGGGGAGGUCCUGUCCUCGAGUGCCAGUUCCCAGGAGCUGUUCCAGUUUGGAGCCGACUGGGCCGUGCACAAUACCUCCUCCCUGCUCACGUAUGACUCCUCGUUCUUGGUUCACAACUUCCUGUAUGGAUCCAAGCAUGACUCCACUUUCAAGCCCCUCUUCCCCGACGAGUCCACCCUCAGCCCCAGCCAGGCACAAGAGGUGGCCGAGCUGUGUGGGGAUGACCAUUUCUGCAGCUUUGACGUGUUGGCCACUGGGAGCCUAAGCAUGGGCAACGCCACACGGGUGGCACACCGGCUGCACCAGAGUCGCCUGCAGAGCCUGCAACCCGUUGUGUCCUGUGGCUGGCUGGGUCCCCCCACCAAUGGGCACAAGGAGGGCACCAGGUACCUGGUAGGCUCUACCAUCAGCUUCCACUGUGACAACAGCUACAGCCUAGUCGGGGCAGAAACCAGCACCUGCCAGGCUGAUGGCACCUGGUCCAUGCCCACCCCGAAGUGCCAGCCAGGACGGAGCCACAGGGUGCUGCUGAGUAUCGUCUUUGGAGGCCUGGCGGUGGUGGCAGUGGUCGCGCUCGUCUACAUGCUGCUGUGUCGCAGGAAGGGCCCCAUGCAUAUCUGGCACUCACAGCCUUGAUAGUGGAGCACGCUUGGCCACAGCACCACGCACAUGGGGCCACGUCGGGGCCAGGACCCAGCAUCCCAGGAGAAAGCCCUGGAUUCCCAAGAACAUGCACCCCAGUCCUCUGAUCCCCAAAUCCUGAGGACUGUGCACAUGGGACGUGGACACCUGAUACCGGGCCUUUAAUGCCCGUGAACCCUUCUCUGUCAUUAUAGACCCGAGGCAUGAUGCCCAAUGUUCCAAUGCCCAAACCCCAUGACAUCAGUGCUCUGUGCUCUGUUUCCCGGUACUCGUGGCUCAUUCCCCAGACCUGAGGCUGUGUACCGAGCCCUAGUACUCCCACACCCGACACUCAGAUUCCAUACCUCACUCCUGAUACAGCGUGGUGCUGGUGACCCCGAUGCCUGCUACAUCGAGACCUGCUGUCCCACCAUGGGGGCCCCAGGGUCAAGUUAGCCUGGUUCCUGGACCCCAGGUGGGCCCAGCCCCAAGGUAAGGAGAGGCCUCAGGACCCCAGAGCAGAGAAUG